UGAUGCCACCGAAACAGUACAUCGCCUGGCCAGCGUCGAAUGAUCUGAAAUUGCGCUGUGCGGCUGACGGAGAACCUCCCUUGAAAUAUCAGUGGCUGAAGGACGGUAAAAUCGUAACAUAUCGCCGCUUGGAUCCAAAGUUUAACGGUACAAAGUGGUAUCUGAGGAUCAAAACAGCCGUUCCAUCCGACAAUGGCGUGUACAAAUGUAUCGUGUCAAAUAGACUAGGGAAUAUAUCAUGUGAAAUCAGACUGGCCGUAAUAGAAAAGGGACCAAUACGUCCAGUGUUGUCCAGUCGUUUCCCAGUCAACAAAACUGCCCGUGUUGGCGACAACGUGACAUUUCAGUGUAUAGAGCUCUUUGGUCCAAUGUUGACUGACUAUCGUUGGCUUCACUGGAAGAAACUGCCUCCUAGUUACCCGGAGUUGAAAUUCGACGGAAUACCCACCGCCAAUUCGUCGUAUUAUACAUUAAUUAAUCAUCGACAUUAUAAAGCGUUUGAGGUCGACAAAAAGGACGGAAAAUACGGGGGGAAAGUUUAUUUGAAUAAUGUUACAAAAGAAGACGAGGGAAUGUACACGUGUGUGAUUUCAAAUCAUGUUGGACAGGGUAUUAGAAGUGCAUUCUUAAGAGUUAACGGAACAGAAAUCCACGCCGGCAAAAUAGAAUUCGCACCCGAUUCGUACGUGGCCGACAUUGGCGGCACUGUCCGCCUGAAAUGCGCCUUUACCGACUGGCGCGUCAAAUGGGUGAUGACCUGGUACAAACGUGGCCAAAUUUUGCAACUUACGACCAACGGGCGCAUCCGAUCCCUCGUCGGAAAAUCGUCGUUUCUCGUUAUCAGACAUGCGCAGAAGGAUGAUGCUGGCAUAUACGAAUGUGUUGCGUCAAACGAAUUUGGCACGGUCAAACGAAAACUUGAGUUAACUGUCCGAGGUUAAAUUCUUGAUAGCAUUUCGUCCAAACGAAUGGUGAGAAAUUUGUGUGGACCGCGUGGGGUUGCGACGCCAUCCUUGUAGACAAUAAUGUCCCACAGCCUGGCUUAACAAAUUUCAGUUCAAUUCCCAUUACACCGUCAUCGCAAAAACCAAU